AUGACGCUUCCGUAUACUCUGCCCUUGACGCGAGAGACGGUCAAUCGGCACUUUAAGGUGGCACGUCAACUCGGUAAUGGAGCCUAUGGAACUACUACUUUGCUAACUGAUGAAUUGAACAACACCAUCGUCAGUAAGCGCAUAGAUGUUGCAUCAUUUUCUGACGUGGAACGUAUGCUUUGUAUGAAUGAAAUCAAGCUCAUCGCCAAUAUUAAUCACCCUUUCAUCGUAAAGUACCUCGGCAGUUAUCUAGAAGGGAAUGUCUUGUACAUACUGACACAAUACUGCAAAGGUGGUGAUCUCCACCGUUAUAUCGCGCAAAAAAGGAAAGCAAAUGAGCCCAUCCGUGAGGAGCGUAUUACCAAGUGGCUGGCACAACUAUUAUCGGCUCUCAAGUAUCUUCACAAACACCAUAUUUUGCACCGAGACUUGAAAUCACUAAACGUACUUAUCGAUUCUGACAAGUCACUGAAGCUUUGUGACUUCGGGGUCUCAAAAGUAUUGAACGCUACAGCUGACCACACGAGAACAGUUAUUGGCACCCCCUAUUACUUCAGUCCAGAACUGAUUAAUGGUCAAGAGUAUAGCUGGCCAUCGGAUAUCUGGGCACUAGGCUGUCUAACAUAUGAGUUGGCAACAUUUAAAACUCCGUUUGACGGCGCCAAGGGCAUGCAACAACUGGUGAAACACAUAAAAACAAGCCCGAUCCCCGACCUCCCGAGGAACUAUUCCCCGGAGCUCAACUCGCUUUUCAAGUCAAUGAUGUUUCACGAUGCUAGAUUCCGACUCUCUGCGUCUGAACUCCUAGCUACUGAGAUCAUGCAGAAGGCCCUUCGGCAAAUGCUCAAGGAAGCGGAACACAAUGUUGCGCCGCAACUAAUCGACUCUAUGCCGAACAACCCAUUCCAAAGCGAAUGUAUAUCGAGUCAAAACGAUAGCUGCGAAUUAGGACUUUUCUGCUGUGGUUCGUCAAGCACAUGUGUCGGUGUCGCGGCCAAAAUUGAGCUAAUGAAACCUCACACAAUACCAUCCGAAAGCAGAUCAUGCCCUGCGUUUCCUUCACACGAUGCAAUUAUAUUGCAUUGUGUACGUUUGGCCAGCGCACAUUUGGGCAUUGACGUAACUGGACUUGAUCUCCAGGGUGAACUGGACGCAUCCAACUUUGGAUAUCUUACCACAGAGACGGUGACUGGUGGUAUUACAAACAUCCUAUUCAAAGUUACAAACACCAAGAAUGGCAAAAUUGUGGCUGUUCGUAUCUUCGGACACAAGACUGACCAGUUCAUAGAUCGUUCGAAUGAACGUAUUAUUCAAAGUCACCUUUGUCUACAGGGUCUUGCCAAGAAAGUGUAUGCACGGUUUAACGGAGGACAGAUUGAAGAAUGGUUACCAGGGGAGGCUUUAUCCGAUGCCGACUUCCAAAGUUACAAAUACAGCCAUCUUAUUGCUCGGCAAUUGCACAAGUUGCAUACCACCCCUGGCCAAAAGGCCCUUUAUCAAAAGCUGCACCCACACCUAGCCGUGGAUGGAAAAGUCAAAUUCGAAUCACAAUUAUGGCCAAGUGUCUGGAAGUUUUACAAUCUAUGUAUCGCUAACAUGGAAGUAUUGGAACCGAUUAUUGGAGGCCAAUUCAAUCUUUUCGAAAUCAAAAAGUGUAUCGAGAAAUUGUCGGCCAUAUGUGACGUCAAAAAGUCUGAGGUAGUGUUAUCGCACUGCGAUCUCUUGAAUGGCAAUGUCAUCAUUGUCAGCGCAGAUGAAGCCGUAUUCUUAGACUACGAAUAUGCCUGCUUUAUGGAACGUGGAUUUGACAUUGCUAACCAUUUUAUUGAACACUGUGGUAUAGAGUGCAACUGGGACCAUCUACCUGAUGAGACCGUACAGCGCGGCUUCCUUCGUCAUUACCUCGGUGAUCGGGCAACGGAGGACCAAGUUAGCAAACUUUAUGAUGAAAUACAGCCCUAUUUCGUCGCUUCCAACCUUUUCUGGGGGCUUUGGGGUCUGCUACAAUGUAUGUAUUCAACCCACGAUGUAGAUUUCCAGCAUUACGCCCGCAGUCGUAUAAUGUGUGCUAUUAACGACGAAAGGUGGCACUUGUUCAAAUAA